UUCUGCAAUAUCGAAAUCGUCUCUCGUCGCCGCUGCUGUAUGUACACGCUGAUCAUCGUUGCCCCUUACGUGCAAAUUGUGGUCCUGUUGAAUAAGUUUAUACGAGUUGACGCUUAUACCCAAGACGGUGCUUGUGUUUUUCACUCAACGUUUAUAAAGAAUAUACGAGGCACCGUGUUGUGCUGGCUUGUGCGUGCGUACACCCGCUCGAGUCUCGGCCUUUUGAACGAGAAGAAGUAUCGCUGAAAACAGAACAGUGAAUAAAUCCCAAUCGAUCAUCAUGUCGAGCAGCCUCGAGCAGAUUGUCAUGAGCACGAGGAGUCUCAGUUCCGCGGGUGACUUUAAGGAGCUGGUCACGCUGCUGCCGAAACACAUCGAGAUACUGACGCGGAAUCACCAGCAUCUGGAUAAUGUGCUGGAGACGCUGGACCUAAGCCACCACACUAUUGGGAUGCUAGCCGUCAUGUACGUCAAGAUGAACCUUUUCGCCAACAGCAACAACAGUACGCUUGAGCAGUUCAAACUGUUGUUACCGCAGCUCCAAGAGUUCAUCCACUGUUGUAACAAAGAACAAAUUUCGUUCGCCUGGGAAACGUUUGCCGAUUUGUGUCACCUAAUAACGAACCAGCUCAUCGACUUUGGAAUACCCAUUACUGGAAUCAAACUCAUGAUGAGAGCCAUCAAAAAACUUCAGUCUAAGGACACACAUUUGACUGCUGUACAUGCUGAUCUUUGCAAGCUCUGUCUGGCAUCCAAGUGCUUGAAGCCAGCUCUGAAAUACCUAGAGAAAGACAUAAGUCAGAUUGACACUGGAGAGGAUGCAAAGCAAUUUUUACUUUACUUUUAUUAUGGUGGCAUGAUCUACACAGCGUUGAAAAAGUAUGAAAAAGCUCUGUACUGCUUUGAAGUUUGUACAAUGACGCCAGCACAGGCUAUCAGUCAUAUAAUGGUUGAAGCCUAUAAAAAGUUCAUGCUAGUGUCUCCAAUUUUAAUUGGAAAAGUACAGUUUCUCCCCAACUACACUUGUAAUUUAGUUAAAAGACAUGUUAAAAGAUUAUGUGCGCCAUAUGUUGAAUUAUCAAAUGUUUAUUGUACAAAUAAUUGUGAUGAAAUGAAAAGAGUCAUACGAAAAUACGAAGAAUCACUCAUUAGAGAUAAAAAUCUUGGAUUAGCCAAUCAAGUUCUCAAUUCUUUGUACAAAAAAAAUAUCCAAAGGCUCACAAACACAUUUCUUACUUUAAGUUUAACUGAUGUAGCUGCCAGAGUAAAAUUAUCAAACAUAGCUGAAGCAGAAAAAUAUAUACUGAAUAUGAUUGAAGAUGCUGAAAUUUUUGCUGUAAUAAACCAAACAGAUGGAAUGGUUGUUUUUCUUGAUGAUCCUGAAAAAUAUAACUCUCCAAGAAUGCUUGCAAAACUUGAAAAGGAAAUGGAAGAAUGUGUAGAACUUGGUAAGAAAGUUCUAAAAAUGGAAGAAGAAGUUAUAACUGCUCCUAUUUACAUCCGCAAAGUUUGUGGAGGAAAUGAACAAGAAGAACAAGCUCUUGCUAAUUCACCUGCUCAAAAUGCAACCACAACUCAAGUUCAAGGAAAACAGAAUACUUAUACAAUGUAAAACAAGCAUAUUUUGAACUAGAUAUCCAGAUGAUAAUUUAAAAAGAUUGAACUGACAACUGAAAUUAAAUAUUUCAAUUAGUUGUUAAAAGCAAAUUUAUAUAAAAAAUUUUAAACAUGUGAUAUCAAAUUACGAAUGUUUGGAAUUUAAACGGAGAAGAUGUGCUUACAUCAUUUUAAGAUGUUGAACUUUUGCACUAAAGCAAAUGGUCGAAAACUUUGCCAAACUAACUUUAAAAAUAAAAAAUUUAUAGUUUUAAAAUUAAUAGUUUUUUCGAUUCUCAAUCGUCUUGGUCACAGGUUGUCAGCAAACUGACGGCUUUUUUGUAUUUAUUAAAAUAAAACAACAAAAAAUAAAUUUAA